GCGGCUCCGCCGGAGCGCGGCAGCGCCGGGAGAGCCGCCGGGCCGGGGCUGCCCAGGGAGAUGCCGCUGCAGGAUGGGGACCCGCUGAGGCCGGGGGGACGGCAGGUUAACGGAGAGGUCAGCGCUGUCCCCCCGCUCCCGGGGAUGGGGGAGCCCUCGCUCCGGGGCACGACAGCGCCUGGUGGCAGCAGGACAGACGUGAUGGCAGAGGGCUGGGAGCCGGGGCCAGCACUGGGUGAUGGGGAUGUGACCCCCGGGGCAGCCCCACAGCGAGCACGGCAGCCCGAGGAAGCCCUGAUGACCGAGCUUUCGGAGCUGGUGCAGAAGGUGGUGAAGAGCAGCAGCUGGUGGGAACGGCACGGCAUAGACAUCAGCAUCCUUGCCUGCAGCUUCCUCCUGCUCCCUGCAGGGUUCCUGUGCCUGCGGUCAGCCCAGGCCAUCCCUUUCCUGGCGGGCGUCCUCACCCUUGGCGUGGUGCAUCACACCCUGACCGUCAAGGGCAGCCACCUGGCCAGCCACAAUGCCUUGACUGAGUCCAAGUCCUGGAGCAAAGUGUGGGCUAUCUUCUUCAUUGAGCUCUGCUCAGCUUUCACAGUGGAGCAGGCCACCUACAACCAUGUGAAGAUCCACCACGGCUACACCAACGUCAUUGGCCUGGGGGACUCCAGCACGUGGAAACUUCCUUUCCUGAACCGCUACGUUUACAUGUUCAUCGCUCCUCUCGCUGUGCCCAUCCUAACCCCGCUGGUUGCACUUGAUUUACUGAGGAAUGUGGAGUGGAAGGCAGCUCUCCGGACCCUCUGCUGCAUGUUUCUGGGGUUUUACUGCCAUUACUGGCUCCUGCUCCACGUCUCAGGCUUCCAGUCGCUGUGGUCCGCCCUGCUCUGCAUGCUGGUCACCCGCUCCCUCCUGGCCCAUCCCUACAUCCAUGUCAACAUAUUCCAGCACAUUGGCCUCCCCAUGUUCGCGGCCGACCGCAAACCCAAGCGGAUCCACCUCAUGAGCCUGGGUGUCCUCAACCUGCCCCGCAACCCCCUCCUGGACUGGUCCUUCGGCCACUCGCUCAUCAGCUGCCACGUGGAGCAUCACCUCUUCCCCAGCCUCUCUGACAACAUGUGCCUGAAGAUCAAACCCAUCGUCUCCCAGUACCUGAAGCAGAAGAAGCUGCCCUACAACGAGGACACCUACAGCUCCAGGCUCCGGCUCUUCCUGCAGAGAUACGAGGAGCUGAUGGUCCAUGCUCCCCCCAUAACGGAGCUGGUGGGCAUCCAGUGAGGACCCUGGGGGCUGCAGCACUCGGGGGGCUGUUUCCUGCAGGGACAUUCAGAGGGGUGGUUUUAGCAGGACCAACACCUCCGUGAAGUCACCGUGUAGGAAACAUCCCCCCCUGGAGUCCUGCUUUUGGCUAGAAAAUGGUGCACAGAGCCAUGGCAGGGGGAGAGCCUGGUGCAACACCAGGGACAGAAAAAUCGGGGCUCUCCACAGUUGUCCCCAGCCAGGGCUCUGGGGAGAGGAAACUUUUAUCCACUCUGCUUUUAUCCACUCUGCUUUCACUCCUGGGGAGAGGAAACCACCCCAUCCGAGGGGGAUGCGGCGCCACGUCCAGGACAUCCAGAAGUGAGA